UCUUGGAGGAGAGUCGGAGCAGUACAGUAUGUACCCCAGCAACAGGGUAAAGCGUCGCCCAGCGCCUUAUGAGGUUGAACUCGACGAGGCUGGGCAGCCAAAGAUUGUCCGUCGCAUUUUCACAAACAGCCGUGAGCGUUGGCGGCAGCAGAACGUCAACGGGGCGUUCGCAGAGCUUCGCAAGCUCAUCCCCACUCAUCCCCCCGACAAGAAGCUGAGCAAAAAYGAGAUUCUGAGACUUGCGAUGAAAUACAUUAGCUUCCUCUCCAACCUUCUGGAGGACCAGGACGGGGAAAGGAACGUUGGCAGCACAACCGAUGGGGACACGGGGCUUCUGGUCGGCGUGGCGGCUCACGAGGGAGGCCCUCAGGGUACACCGCGUCAGGARACCGUGGCGGGCUUGGCGAGGGACGAUCUUCUGGAGACCAUGUCGCCGAGCUCCAGCUGUGGAAGCCUACCGGACGGCGAYGCCGAAGGGAGUCCCGAGAGCUUCAUGGAGGACCAGGACUCACCUCCGGCUCCGAGGACUUURACAGCCUCACGUGGGCCCUCGUUGCAUCUGUCAGCUAGGGAUCUGAGGCGCAACGGACGCCCGUUAGAUGGUUCCACUCGCCGGUGAUGCAGAUGCCAAGAGACCACAGGCAAAACAUCUAAGACUAAAUGAAAAAUUAAUUAGCGAGAACAUAAAAGCGGAUGACCUCAGAACCUUGUUAUCUAUUGAGCCAUCAAAUUAGAGGGAAGUGUUACGCCACAUGUAGAGAGGAGGUGAUUCCUAAUACUGAUUUUGAGUGCGCUCUGUCUGAAAAGUGCAUAAAACAGCACUGAUGUGCUCCAAAAGACUUGUAAAUUCUGCAUGUCUCAUGUCUUUGACCACCCUGCAGAUUACAACAUUUUUGUGCUUUAAAAUUCCAAAGACACUGAAAGUAUUGAAAUAAAAAUGCAUACCUUGAAAAACCUCCAUUUAAAUCGUAAUUGUCCCAUAAGAAAACUCAGCAUCAGUGCCUCGAUUUGAUUACAAAAUGGCGCAUCUCAAAACGAUUCACCUUGAUUGCACUGUGUUGCAAAUACACUGAUCAGAAUAGUCAAACAGAAAGACGUAGGCCUACGCUCAUCAAAUUUGAGAGGUUCAAAUUUUUAAGAAAAGUGCACCACAGGCAGUGCCCAUGCAGGUUUGCAUUGUAAAUAGUAUUAUAUUUCCACUGCACAAUGUAACACAACUGACUUAAAUUCAAAUCAUGUGGUUUAAAGUGUAUCAUAAUGUGUUUGUCAAUGAGUUUACUAUCAAAAAUGUCUUUUAAGAGACAGAAAGCAAAGAGAGAGGGGGGGAGAGAAGAUGCGAACAGCUGAACCUACUGAUGAAAAGUACAUCGAAUGUGGUACCACUUCCUGUUUUCUUCCAAUUUGGUGAUCAGAAAAUGACACCAAAUAUUUGUCCAGACAGUUGACCUUUUUUUUCCCACUGUCUGAGAUUCAAGUUUCUAUUUGAAAUUGUUAUGGAGGUACAAGACAAAGAGUGCUCUUAAAGCGUACAAAAAUACAGCAUGGGUCAAAUGAAACCGUGGAAGGACUCGUGCCGUUCCUUUUGAAAUGAAUGUUUCUGUGUUUUAUGAACUGUACUGCCGAUGUAGUUUAGAAAAGGUACACAAACAAGCCCUCUUUGUUCCCACUUUUUCAUAUGUACACGCAAACCAUCCCCAUACAGUGUUAAUAUCAUGAAAAAAAAAAAAACACCAGCAGUUUUCUGACAAACAGCUAAGUAUUGCUCACUGUUGUUGGUUAUUCUGCAUUUUUAGCAGGACCUAGUAGCUUCUAUUGGUACCUUUGGUAUUUUAUGAAUUACAGUAAAGGGACAUUGUACGUUUGGUAAUGACAUUGUUGUAUGAUAGCUGUAACUAUAAAUAUAUCUGAUGUUGAGCUGAUGAAUUUUAUACAAAACCCCUGAAUAAAAUAUGCAGAGGAAAA